GAAAGUCUGAUCCCUCUCGUCUCCAAACUUUGCACUUUGCACUUUACAAAUCCACGUUGCAACUGCCUGAAAAUCGUCAUAUGUUUUGCCCUCCUUCCGUCUCCGCCCUUCUUCAGAAAACGUAAACAAACCUCCACCACUUGAUUGACGAACAAACACGCUUAAUAAGGUCACCCAACAGUUGUGCCUCCUUCGACCCAGUCUUGUCCCAGACGCGUUCUCUUGCCAACGUUUGCGGAGUACCGAUAUCUGACCCUUCUCGAUCCCACCACAUAGCCCAACUGACCCUCACGCGUCAACGCAGCCUUGACUGCGACCGUCAAGAUGAGUCUCAAGACCAUCUACCAGCGCUUUCUCGAGAAUCCCAACCCGAUCAGCCUCUCGGAUAAUGCAUCCCUACACUACGUCACAACAUUGAAGUCAUAUGAUGAGCCCGCUGGCAUAAUUCGUCACCUCGAGACCCAGGAUAAGAAGAUUGUCAAGACCAAAAGUGCCAAAGUCAUCUCGGCAGUAGAAGGACAUGACGCGCUUGCCAUUGAAGUCGAAACCGUGUUGGAAUUCAUCUCCGGAGGAGGAGCAUACCUGCCUGGUUUGGAAAACUUUGUUGUCGACAAAAUAGCCACAAUCCCCACUACACAUUUCGUCCAAUUUACCGCCGACCAGAAGAUCUCAGGAAUUCGUAUCUUCUGGGACCAAGGUUCACUACUCAAGCAAACAGAUGUCAUCGGUUCACGAGGGAGAAACUGGCCUUUGGUCGAUGGUCAAGACCAGAUCCGACUCAUCAAGUCCAACGUCCGGGCAGCACCCGUGAACAACACUGAAUCCUCUGGUCCUAAUCGCGGCCGAGCGGAGAGUGGCAACAUAUCCUCGUCUCGAACCACAUCUCCAAGCAAGAAACAUAUCAGAGACCCUCAUGCUAGCUUGGAUCUGUUCGCUCCCAAGCCCAUUGACGAAAACUCCAAUCAAAGCGGUUCGAACGUUGUGGCACCGCGUGCAUCUGCGAAGCCCCCCGCCCGCGAAAUGAACGAACUUUUUGCUGCUGGCCACGAAGACCAUGAGCCCGGAUCGCCCAAGAAGGUUCCGAUCGUCCCUGUCCUCCCACCCAAAGGUCGUAGCAACCAGAAAUUUGCGCCUUCGCGAUUGUUUGCGGACGACCCCGACGAACCUAAGGCUGUGGGUUACAAAUCGAACCCAGCCAAAUACAAUCACUUUGACAUUGGCGACGAGAAUGAAGACGAUCCCAUGCAACACCACGAGCCUGUUGGGCAAGCCUCAGAGAAUGUCCCUCUUCGACCCAAGACAACAAAACAUGCGCCGCAGUGGGAGUUCCAAGACUUCUAUACACCAGCCAAGGUUGGUCAAAGAGUUCGAGGUCAAGAUGUGGUUCAUUUCAGCCUCACGAACCCGGCCAGCAAUCCGGAAACACCUGGACAAAAGGCUGCUGCAAGACCCCGUCGUGACAACGAGACACAUUUUGAGCUGAAGGAUGACGGCACACCGAUUGAGCGACAUGUUGUGCCCAAGCCUCGAAAGGAUGCCGACCCGCACUUUGAAUUCAAGGAUACAGACACUCCAGCGCCAGCCCGCAUGAGUGGUCGUCCAACUAGUUCGGCAGGCGACCGUCAGGGAUUGUACACCAACAACCUGUAUGAUGAGGAAGACAGUGCCCGAGGCGAGUCAAAAGCGCCUCUUGCUACCAUCACCAACAAUCAAGGUCGCAAGAACGACUUUGAAAGACACUGGGGAACGUCAGAUGAAUCCCCCUCGAUGGAGAGAACGGGUAACGAAAACAAUCACGCUGCGCACGGCCACAAGAAAGCAGUCCAAAUGAUGGAUUCACAUUGGGAAGUGGAUGAUCAGCCCACCGAGCAAGACCUGAAGCAGGCGAAGCAGGGGCCAGUGAAAAAGGGGCUGGAGAGUCACUGGAGCAUGGGAGACGUCACGACCGACACCAAUGGCAAAACGGCCAAAAAGGGUGGGUUUUGGGACUUUUGAGAGGAACACAGUAUGGUGAGUUGUAUUGUUGUGUCUCGUUCACAUCCACCAGCAUAGCAAUGACGGUUGUGUGUACUCACGAAUCUCCUGGAAGCCGACUUUGACGAGAAUCCGGUGAGGUGGAAUCAUUGCGGAUAUCAAAAUUGAAUUAUGAUGAACGAUCCUCCUUUCUUAAGCUAGUGGUAGUACAAUCCAUGAUAGAGUACAAACAGGAGGGCAAAAUGCCAUGAAUGUCAACCAACACCAAGCUAGAAGUCAUGGCAGCGCCACCGAGUCUCUGUCCAUUGUACUACGGAGUAUAGGUACCAAGAUAUCUGAG